UAGCUUGGUCUCUGAGGCCUCUUUUUCUGCCAGACAAAGGGCCCCUUCUCGGCCGGGAGGGCUCUAAUCCCCUUGCCCCCGCGCUGGGCACGUGGUGGGGGAGCUCAGCACCAGCCUCCCCCAGCCCCAGCUCCGGCACGUUGCCCCCUCCCAGGGCUGGGGAGGGGCCCAGGUGUCCUGGUCCUUGGCACACCUUGGGGGUUGCCCCAUCUCCCCGCUCUGCUCAGGGGCUCCCGCAUUUUGGGGGUCCCCCCCUGUGCUGCCCCGACGAGGGAAGGGGCAUCCCGGCCCCCCCCAGGCCCCCCUUCUCCGGAGCGGCUCCCAGCGAGGGAAGCGGGGCGGGCUCGGCCCACCGUGAACUUUGGCUGCCGGCUCUGCCCCACGCGAGCGGCACAGGGGGAGGAGCGGCCGCCGUCCCGGGCUCACACGGCUCCUGCCGCCGCAGCCGGAGCAGCGUCCCGGAGCCCUCCGCCCCGGGGAAGGCCCCUGCCAUGUGGCUGUACCUGGCGCUGGCGGCGCUGGCCUGGGCGCUGGGCUGGCUGGUGCGGGACCGCCGGACCCUGCCCUGCGUGGCGGACAAGCACGUCUUCAUCACGGGCUGCGACAGCGGCUUCGGCAACCUGCUGGCCCGGCGCCUCCACCGGGGGGGCUUCCGGGUGCUGGCGGCCUGCCUCACCCCGCAAGGGGCCGAGGAGCUGCAGCGCGCCUGCCCGGGGGGGCCCCUGCGCACCACCCUGCUCGACGUCACCCGCCCCGAGAGCGUCCGGCAGGCCGUGGCCUGGGUGCGCGCCGAGGUGGGCGAGAAAGGGCUCUUCGGGCUGGUGAACAACGCGGGGGUGGCCCACCCCAUCGGCCCCACGGAGUGGAUGGCCGCCGAGGACUACCGCCGGGUGCUGGACGUCAACGCGCUGGGCCUCAUCGAGGUGACGCUGGGGCUGCUGCCGCUGCUGAAGCGGGCGCGGGGCCGGGUGGUGAACACCUCCAGCGUCCUGGGCCGCCUCUCCGCCAACGGCGGCGGCUACUGCGUCUCCAAGUACUGCGUGGAAGCCUUCUCCGACAGCCUCAGGCGCGACAUGCACCACUUCGGGGUGAAGGUGAGCAUCGUGGAGCCCGGCUUCUUCAAGACGGCGGCCACCAACCUGGAGAGCAUCGAGGCGUCGCUGCACCGGCUCUGGGACCGGCUGCCCCCCGAGACCCGGCGCAGCUACGGCGAGGACUUCUUCCGCAAGUACCUCAAGGUGCAGCGGGUCAUCAUGAAGCUGCUGUGCGACGCGGACCUGGGCAAGGUGGCCUGGUGCCUGGAGCACGCGCUGCGGGCCCGGCACCCGCGCACCCGCUACAGCGCCGGCUGGGACGCCAAGCUGCUCUGGCUGCCCGCUUCCUACCUGCCCGCCGCCCUCGUCGACCGCGCGCUCGCCGCCCUCCUGCCCGCGCCGGCCCACCGGGCCCGCUAGCCCCCGCAAUAAACCGCUGCC